ACAGGCAGGAGUGAAGAACAGGCAGCACAGUCACCUCAUGUGACCCACCAGACGAUGUUUCUCUUGGUGCUGAGCUUGGCGGCUAGCGUUACUCUGCUCUCAGGACAGGAUGUCACGCAGAAACCCGCCGACAUUGUGGAGGCGGUGGGCCACUCGGUCACGAUUGAGUGUACGCACCGCAUACCGGACUACGACAGGAUGCUGUGGUACCGGCAGCGCGGCAGGGGCAUGCAGCUCAUCGGGUACAUGUACUACGAAAUUGUCACGAUGGAGCCCGGGCAGGAUGACGUCCAGCUGACUGGGAGCGCCAAAUCUGGCGCAACGUGCAAGAUGGUCAUCCCCGCACUGCACUGGAACAGCAGUGCUGUUUAUUACUGUGCAGCCAGAUCCCACGGUGCAGUGUCGUCUACUCCGCUCUCAGGACAGAAUGUCAUGCAGAAACCCGCCGACAUCGUGGAGGCGGCGAACCACUCGGUCACGAUUGAGUGUUCACACACCAUAACGCACUACAACCAGAUCCUGUGGUACCAUCAGCGCGAUGCGGGCAUGCAGCUCAUCGGAUACAUGUACUACAAAAUCCCCACAAUGGAGCAUGACUGGAAAGAUGUGAAGUUGGAGGGGAACGCAGAAUCUGGCCAAACGUGCAAAAUGGUCAUCCCCAAGCUGCGCCCGGACAGCAGUGGCAUUUAUUACUGCGCAGCUAAGGGAGUGGACGACGGCGACGUGACGCUGAGCUUCACGCACACAUUCGCUAACUGUGACACCAUCCAGUGGUACCAGCGGCGGGUGUCAGGCAGCACCCGAUCCAUGGAACUGGUGGCCCUGGUUAACUACCAGAAAGCUUCGGUGGAGCCGGCCUUUAAGGACUGCGUCGACCCUGCAUACUUUGGCGCAGGAACAAGGUUAACCGUUCAAGAACCAAACGUGAAGAUCGUGACGCCCAAAGUGACGUUAAUCCGGCCUUCGGCUCACGAGUGCACCAACGAGAAGGACAAAGAGACCAAGAAGAAGACGCUGGUCUGCAUCGCCACCGACUUCUACCCCGACCACGUCGACGUGGUCUGGAUGGUGGACGGGGAGGAGAGGGUCAGCGGCGUGGCUAAAGACCCCGAGGCCCAGCGGCGAGGGGCGAGCUACAGCAUCACCAGCAGGCUCAGGGUCAAAGAGGACGAAUGGCACAGUAACCGGGAAUUCAAAUGCGUCGUGACGUUUUUCAACGGGAAGAACUACAACAACUAUACAGAUUUCAUAAAUGGAGAAAAUGCUGAAAAAGACAAAGUCCCCCGAGAGAGCUUCCUGAGAUUGGCGCAGAGUGCCAGGCUGUCAUACGGCGUCCUUAUCGCCAAGAGCUGCGUCUACGCCGCCUUUGUGGCCUUCCUGCUGUGGCGCCUCAGGAUUGUCGAGCUCAGCCGGGAAAAGGAACAGGACAGGAAGGACAAGAACAAAUCGUACUGAAUUGUCUCUAAUAUUUCUAACAUCUCAGUUAAUGUGGUUGAUGUUGAACGUUUUUGGUAUGGAAAAGCACUUCAAUUUGCUUCAUCAAAGACCCCUAUUGAUGAUAAGACAAACUUGCUGAAGUUUUAUUAUUUGUUGUAGGUGCCAUCUAAAAAAAUCCCACUGAAGGAGAAUUUUUCUUUCCCCUAUGUUUUUCUUUUUUGACUCACUUUGUCCAAUAAAAGUAUAGCAACAACA